GCAUUUUAAUUCCUUGGCUUGUUAUUGUUGUUAAAAAAAAAAAACUGCUCAAAUAUCGCACUGUUGUUCAGUUUGACACGUGUGUUUUCAUCGACUGAACAGCGUUCGUGAAAACAGAGGGUUGCAUCCAAUUCGAUCCGAGUCGUAUGUUUGUUUUUAUUUAUUUAUGGUGUGUAAGCGAUAGCGGAGGGAAUGCUGCUGAAGGAGAUUCCCCGGGAUGCUCUUGUGCGACCUUUGACCCGGAACGAGGUGGUAGGCUUGGUGGUGCGUCUGACCAUAUUUGGGGCGGCGACCUACUUCAGCAUCAAAUGGGUGGUGGACGCCCUGGAUCCCACGCGGCAGCAGAAGCUACAGGCCAAAAAGAGGGCAGAGCAGCUGAUGAAGCAGAUCGGGGUGCAGGGACUCAAGCUGACGGAGUACGAGAUGAACAUCGCGUCCCACCUGGUGGACCCCCGGAGCAUGAAGGUGACCUGGAGGGAUAUUGCCGGGUUGGAUGAUGUCAUCAUGGAGCUCCAGGACACGGUCAUUCUGCCCUUCCAGAAAAGACAUCUGUUCCAGGGAUCCAGACUCUUCCAGCCACCCAAAGGGGUGCUGCUGUACGGCCCCCCAGGCUGUGGAAAGACCCUGAUUGGGAAAGCCACUGCCAAGGCCUCUGGGUGUCGCUUUAUAAACCUGCAGCCCUCCAUCCUCACCGACAAGUGGUACGGAGAGUCCCAGAAACUCACCGCGGCCGUCUUCUCCCUGGCCGUCAAGAUCCAGCCUUGCAUCAUCUUCAUCGAUGAAAUAGAUUCCUUUUUGCGAAACCGCUCCAGUUUGGACCACGAAGCCACUGCUAUGAUGAAGGCCCAGUUCAUGAGCCUGUGGGACGGGCUGGACACUGAGACAGACUGCCAGGUUAUGGUGAUGGGAGCUUCAAACAGACCUCAGGAUGUGGACCCAGCUAUCUUGCGUCGAAUGCCGACAACCUUCCAGAUCAACUUCCCUACCCAAAAACAAAGACAAGAUGUUUUAAAGCUGAUUCUGGCAGGUGAAAAUCUGAGCAACGCCAUUAACCUGAAGGAGAUCGCUGAGAAGACAGAGGGGUACUCGGGCAGCGAUCUGAAGGAGCUGUGUCGCGAUGCGGCCAUGUACCGCGUGCGGGACUACGUGCGCAAGCAGCAGAUGAAGCAGAUCACACAGCUGCUGCAGGACAGCGACGACGAGGACAGGCCUGUGGAUGAAGACAGACUGCGGCCGGUGACCCAGCUGGACCUGCUCUUCGGCUUGGAGAAGAUGAAGGAAUCCAAGGCAGCCGCCUCCUAUCAGAUGAGCCUGAGAGAUGUCUCUCUGGACUAGCCCUUACCCAGCCACAGGGAAAACACCAGCGCACAAAUGAGCCACUGAAACUUUUUUUUUAAAUUGAAUAAUUUAUAGCUUUUACGAAGGAUACAGGAGUCCGUUAUCUAGGAGAUUAACUGUGGAGGGUAUUAGUACUCUGGGAUGACAAUAAGACUCCCAUUGCAUAGCAGUUUGAACCAUUCUUGGUUUUAUUAUAAGUUUAAUAAUGACACCCCUGAGCUUGUUACCUGUACACUGGGGCUAGUCCAGCACAUGUUAAAACCUGGAACGAGUGAAACUGCUAUGCAGUGGGAGUCUUAAUUCCAUCCCUGGUGGUAAUCGGAACCGAAAAACUGUUUUGAAGAUUUUUUUUUUUUUUUUUUUUUUUUUUUAAUGUUUUGAAUACAUUUGUAUUUGUUUGCUGUUCCAGUGAGUUACAAUUACUAUUGGCUCAGUAUCGCGGUCAUCUACUGGUUGGAUAACGACCGUUCUGUUCAGAAACCUGUUCGGCGAUGCAUGGAUGGAAAUGAGACUCCCAUUGCACAGCAGUUUGACCCAUUCCUGGUUUUACUAUGAGUUAGACACACCCGAGCUUGUUACCUGUACACUGUGGGUAAUCAAGCUCUUAGUAAAACCUGGAACGGGUAAAACUGCUAUGCAACAGGAGUCGUAAUUCCACCCCUGCAGUGUUUAAAGAGCAAUCUGAUGUGGGUCUAAAAUAUCAUCAGUUAUUUAAUGUUUUGUCCUUUAGAUUUGAUGCAGUAUUACAUACACCCACUCGGGGCAGUGUGUUGCGGGGGGGCAGAUUCAUGGCUGCAAAUGAACUUGCAGGUUAGACAUGAGCUCUGUUGGGAGCCACAGGGGUGUUUUAAACUUUUAAAAAAGUCACCAGGAUUGUAAUGACUGAAACUGAAAAAAAUACAAUAAGUAAUAAGAAGAAUGCAUUGGGUAAGAUCACUGAUAUUUCACAACUGUUACAUUUUUUUCUUGUAUCGCACAUUCAUAGCCACUUAGUGUAGAACGUGUGUGUUUGAUCAAGUGAAAAAGCCGUCCUCAUGUUUUGACUGUUUAUUUAUUUUCCAUCCUGUCCUGGUAACAUACUGUUACCAUAGCAAUGCAAUCCCUGAAAGAAUAAAUGUAAAGGAACUCCAGUGACUGGUGUGGUGUGAUUACCUGCAAAGCAGCUGUCUGACCACAAGGUGUCACUGUAGCUCCAUCUGCAGAGAAUUUCUUCUAUGGAGGUGUAACACAACUCAAAACAUUAAAGUCAAAACGCAUCUCCAAAUACUCCAGAACUGUACUUCCACUGUCUUUAAAUGACCUAUUUUAUAUCAUAUUAAAUGUAUAAUAUUACAUUUCUCUGUAUGAGCAAAUCCUGAAGCAUUAUUGGAACCCCUUCUGGCUUUAACAUUUGGUUAACAUAAAUAGUGAUUUGACUAAGUCUUCCAUAGGAAACACAAA